GUUUUUUAAAUGUUUUGCGGGGUUUGAAACUUUUAAAAACAAAAAAUAAAAACAUUCUCGGAAAAAUUGUUCGAGAAUUAAAAUUUUGUGUUAAUUUAAGAAAAAGUCUAUAUUUAAGGAUAUUACAGUUAAUCAAAUAUCGUUAAUAGUUGAAAUGGAACCUCCGAAACCCAAAUUUACUUUUAUUGAGCCACAGAAAUUAAUUAAAGCUGCAACAGAUAUGAAAAGUUGGGAAAAUAGUGAAGCUUAUUAUGAUUUGCUAGGAUUUGUUAAUUCAAUAUGUAUGUGUAUUCAGGGAAAAAGUCAAAAGUACAAUUGUCAGAUCUCACCAGUCGUUCAGAAGCUACUUGACAUGCUGGAUAAAAUGGAAAAAAUUGCCCUAGAAACUCCACCGGUUGAUCAGCCUAGUCGAUUUGGAAAUGUUGCAUUCAGAACAUGGUAUCAGAAGAUGAAAAGUAAUAUCGAAACACUAGUUAAGGAUGUUGUACCUGAAAAUCUUCAUGAUGCACUACCUGAACUAAUUCCUUAUGUCUUAGAUUCUUUUGGAAAUCCUACGAGGAUUGACUAUGGUACAGGACAUGAGCUCUCUUUUAUUUUCUUUUUAAUGGCUUUCUUUAAAAUUGGCGCUCUUAGCAAAACGGAUGAACUAUCCAUUGCAAUAAGAGUUUUUGAUAAAUAUUUAAACUUUGUACGUAAACUACAGUUUAGUUAUAGAUUAGAACCUGCAGGCAGUCAAGGUGUUUGGUCUUUAGAUGACUAUCAAUUUAUUCCAUUUAUUUGGGGAAGUGCUCAAUUAAUUGGGACAGAGGUUGAACCGGCAAAGUUUGUCGAGCCAGAAACUAUUGAGAAUUUUCGAAAGGAUUACAUGUUUAUAUCAUGCAUUGAUUAUAUCCAACAAGUAAAGACAGGUCAUAUUGCUGAGCAUUCUAAUCAGUUAUGGAGCAUAAGUGCAGUUCAAUCGUGGACUAAAAUUUGCACAGGACUUAUUAAAAUGUAUCAAAAGGAAGUUCUUUCAAAAUUUCCAGUCAUUCAGCAUGUGUUGUUUGGCUCAAUAUUCAGUUUAAAUCCUGUAAAACCAGGAACUCGCUUUCCACAAGCACGUUUAGGAAUGCCUCAUCAACCAGCAUGUCCUCUUCCAGCGCAGUAAAUUAAUGUCUAUCAUAUCAAUACCAAAUAAAAAU